UCUCGCUCGUUCAAAUUGCAAUAUAAUGACAACGUUAAGGGGAGCCUAAUUUGGCAUUGUCAUCCUACAUUUUUUUGCGAACCAACGGGACUUUAGGUCAGAUUAACACUUACUUCCUCUGAAGUUACUUUCUCUAUGAAGGUUGAAGCAAGUAUGGGAGAUGGCGGGGUGGGUGGUCGGGCCGGUGGCGCAAACGACUGCUGUAUCACCCGGCUGCUCAGCGUUGUCGAGAGCGAACUCCAGGCCGGUCGGGAGAAGGGCGAUCCCACAGAGAAGCAACUGAAAGUGAGUCUGGAGGAGGCAGAGCUCUGGAGGAAAUUCAAAGAAGUCACCAACGAAAUGAUAGUGACUAAGAAUGGCAGGCGGAUGUUUCCAGUCCUGAAGGUGAGCGUCUCAGGCCUGGACCCCAACGCCAUGUACUCCUUCCUGCUGGACUUCAUCCCGGCCGACGGCCACCGCUGGAAGUACGUGAACGGGGAGUGGGUGCCGGCAGGCAAGCCAGAACCCCACAGCCACAGCUGCGUCUACAUCCACCCCGACUCGCCCAACUUUGGUGCCCACUGGAUGAAGGCUCCCGUGUCCUUCAGCAAGGUCAAGCUCACCAACAAGCUCAAUGGAAAUGGCCAGAUAAUGCUGAACUCCCUGCAUAAAUAUGAGCCACAGAUCCACAUAGUCCGUGUUGGGGGCAACCACCGGAUGGUCACCAAUAUUUCUUUUGUGGACACCCAGUUCAUCGCAGUCACCGCCUACCAGAAUGAGGAGAUAACAGCUCUGAAGAUCAAACAUAAUCCUUUUGCAAAGGCUUUUCUGGAUGCCAAAGAAAGGAACCACCCAAAGGGCAUUCUGGAAACUGCUCCUGACAAUCAACAUGUUGGGAUCCCUCACUGUGGCUGGUUUAUCUCUAAUCCGGAGUCCUUGUGCUCCUCUGGAGGGGGUAACUUCCCCUACCCUGGGGGCCUGCCUCUUGCCCCGCACCACGGGUACAAGCCCUACCCCAGCCUGCACGGGCACCGCUCAGCCCCCUACCCCUCCACGUACCUCCACCACCGCUCACACUCCUCUGUUUCCAUCUCUGACACUCUGAAUCCAGGCACACGACAGGUGUUCUCUGGCCAUGACAGCUGGGGGGGUGUCUCGAUGUCCCCCUCUGGAGCCCUUGGCGUGUUACCCAUCCCACCAGCCACCUCACCCUCCCCUGGACCCAGCAGUCAGUACCCCUGCCUCUGGACGGUGAGUGGCUGCAGUGUGUCUUCCAACACAGCAGGGGGACCAGUGAGCAGCAGCCAAGGCCAUGAGGGGAGGGUGGAUGGGCAUGAGGAUUCCUCUUCACCAUGCUCCCUACUCCAAGGUCACAGGUCAACCAGUAUUGAAGGUGGUGAAAUACCAUCAAGCCAUGUCAGGCUGGGUGGGCCAGGUUGGUCUUGUGUCUCCACCCACUCAUUUUGAUUGGUCAUAGCCCCUGAGCGUUUACUAUGGAGUGUUUCUCCUGCAAUGGAUUAGAGGAGCUAGCAGGUAAAUCACGCUUCAUUCCCAGACUUAUAACACGUAGCUAAUGCAAAGGCUAUCUACAAACACCGAUAACAACCCUGUGUACGUUAUUUAUUGUUCGGUGCCUGCUUAAGUAUGUUCAAUAUAGUUAUUUUUAUGGUGUCUGUAUAUUUUCUCACAUGGUGAGGCUUCACUUUGAUGUGUUGUGAUUUGUGCUCAGGUGUAUUUCAUGACUUAAGUAAAUAUGAAUGUACUGCUGAGGUGUUUUCCUAAUGCUUCAGGCCACAUUGAGUUGGUUUGGGUCUGCAUUACUCUUGACUAUAAACUUUGGGCAGAUCUGACUCCCAUGUACAGUAUGUGAUGACCAAUAUUUGAAUGGAUGUGCAUGACGACAACACCAGCUUCAGACAUGCAGACAAACAUGCAUGAAGUCUGUCACAAGAGGAAAUGUACAAGUGCAUUACAACAACAAAAAAACUGUUUCAUCCUGUUGCCUUAAAUAAUUUUAAAUGAAAUGGAAUGUAAAUAUUUAAAUUAGAAUUUUGCCUGUGGCUAAAU